UAUUCGCUUCCUCUGUCAGUUUCUCCUUCCUCUGUCCGGUUAUGGAGCUCUGCUAGAAAGACAUUUAAACGCCGCUGCGCCUCAAAACACGAUAAACCUCCAGUUAGGAACCAGAAAACCAGCUUUAUUUUAAACACAUAGUUCAAGAUGCCGGUGGCUGUAGGUCCUUAUGGCCAGACCCAGCCCAGCUGUUUUGACCGGGUCAAAAUGGGCUUCAUGAUGGGGUUUGCAGUAGGAAUGGCUGCUGGUGCCAUGUUUGGCACUUUCUCCUGUCUCAGGAUCGGCAUGCGCGGCAGGGAGCUAAUGGGAGGAGUAGGGAAGACCAUGAUGCAGAGCGGAGGGACGUUCGGCACGUUCAUGGCCAUCGGUAUGGGCAUCCGCUGCUGAGGAAGACGAGGAACAACCUCCUCCGCCUCCUCACAACUAUACACCCACGGGACUUUUCCGAUAACCGCAACCACGAUUCUCUGUCCGCUCGAUGCUGUCACACUCUCAACCUGCAGUCUAGUUUUGUCAAUAAAAAGUUCAGAUUUGUCAAAUGGUUUUCAGAGUGAAUGCGUUAUACUUUCUGAUGCUGCCGACGUCCUGCUUUGAAGGAAAAAUUCCACGUGCAGAUAAGGAUGUUUUGGUUUUACAUGUAGGAGGGGAGUGCAAUAAUAGUGGUGGGAAGAGACGGCAUAAAAA